UAUUUUUCUUAUACUUCCAGUGGUAACACUGUUGUCCCUUGGACUGCAAUUUGUAAUGGAGUUAACCUAUAUUUUAGUACAAAAUCAUUUGAAAAGGAUAUUAAUUAAUGGAUAAAUCGCUUAUCUUUCUUAUCUCAUAUAAAGAUUGCUGGAAGUAUUAAUAAAAUUGCGCACUAAUUAGCCUAACUUGUUGUUGAGAACGAAUUCAAUUAUUUACAAUGUUAUUUUCAAGAUUGGUGGAAUUAGUGAAUAAAAAAUGGUUUACUGUUCAAAAGAAAACCACAAGAAGUGUUCAAUCUGCCAGGCAUGUAAUAUUAAGUGGCGGAAUAAUUAUGAUUAGUGGAAUCUUUAUUAUUUGGUUAUCAGUAUUUCUCUAUACAGCAUUCUAUUAUGCUUACAUGCCAAGUAUGUCUCAUGUACGGCCGGUGCAUCUACAAUUCAAAUCUUGCAACGAAGAAAAAGGAAUAUGUAGUUAUCCAUCAGCACGGGUACAGUUAACAAACAAGCAACAAUUGCUUAUGGUUGGACAACCAUAUAAAGUGAAUUUACAUUUAGAAAUGCCAGAAUCUCCAGUGAACAAAGAACUUGGUAUGUUUAUGGUUUGUGCAUCGUUACACAGCAGAAGUGGUGAUCUUGUAACAUUUACAUGCAGAUCAGCUAUGAUGCAUUAUCGUAGUACAUUACUGCAUACUCUCACAACCCUUACAUAUUUACCUAUGAUGAUCUUUGGGUCCACAGAGGAGAAGCAAAAUGUAGUUUUAGAAUUAUUUGGAAAUUUUGAAGAUGAUCAGAAUAAUCCAGUUACACUCAUACAUAUUGAAAUACAAUCAAGGCAUAUUGAACUUUAUUCUGCAACUGUUAUGAUAAAUGCACAUCUGUCUGGUUUACGUUAUCUUAUGUUUCAUUGGCCAAUUUUGUCAGCCAUUAUUGGAAUCGGUACAAACUUGUUUUUCAUAGCUCUUGUAUGUACUCUUUCUUACUUUCAUUUCACCACCUAUGAAGAUAGUGGUGAUAAUAAUUUUAGUUAUGAAGAAGAAAUAAAGACUGAAAAGAAAGAAGAGCGCAAAAAGAAUUCUAAGAUAGAGGAAGGAAAAGAACAUAGAAAUGUGCUGUGUAUGAAUGAUCAAACACCUGAUUCAUCUUCAUCAGAAAAUGCUGUUACACCAGAUUCGUCAUCCUCGGAAGACACUUUUACACCAGAUUUUGUCGAUGAUGUAGGAGAACUUCUUACUUCAACAACUUCUGACUCACUUAAAGUGUACACAUAAUUUACGGUCUACCUCAAAAACUAUAUGGGAACAUAAAUUAAAUUAGGAAAUAAUAACAACGUUUGUUAUGUAAAUAGUGUUUAAGAAGGUACAUAUCUUCUAGAAUAAAAGAAGAAGUGCUUGACAUACUGAUAUUUUUCACUGUACGAUUGUACAUACAUUUGUGAGAAUAGAUUGUGAUAUGUAGAUAUAUUACAAGAAUAUUUAUUUUUUAUAUCAAGAUACUUUGUUAUUUCUUUUAAUUGUACUGUAAACGAUGCAGAUGUAUUUGUAAUGCAAUAAUGGACACCCGACGUGGUAUGGUUUACAUGUAAUUC